CUCCCACCGCCUCGCCGGCCUCCUGCCCGGCCCGCUGGGUCCAUUUGGCUGCCUCCCGGAGCCACGGGAGCUGGAGUGCCUCUGGAAGCUCUCAGUCAGGUGGUGUUCAUGAUAGUUGCCACUUCCUGCACAUGCAGUGACAUGACAACCUGAAGAGGUGUCCACAGCUCAGAAGAAAAUUCUGGAGACAAGAGUGAAGCACUCUUUUAAGAGGUGCUGUAUCACCCACACUUGAUGAUGGAUUUGCGGGCAUGGAGAGCAUGUGGAAGGACCGAGUUCUUGUUGGCAGAGGAGGUUGGCUGCUGAGCCAGGGCGUGUCUCCAGGGGGCCUGCCAGACUGAUGAGGACGGAGAUGGGGCUCUGACCACCUGGCAGGCCUGUGGGCUCUGGAAGCCGGCGUCGGCUGUGGCUGGUGUUGGAAGGAAGUGUCUUUCUUGGGUCAGGGAUGCCAGCAGCCUGCCCGAAUGCGGUGCUCGUCUCUUACAGACCAGCCAGUUUCUGCUGGAGACUCCUGAUAUCAUCUGGGGAGAUGAUGUCCAGGCCCCCCGACUGCCUGCUGCGGCUGCUCCGGGGUGCCCAGAGGCAGUGGGUCUGCACCCUGUUCAUCAUCGGCUUCAAGUUCACGUUUUUGGUCUCCAUCAUGGUGUACUGGCACAUCGUGGGUGAGCCCGGGGGCCAAGGACAGUUCUCUAACCUGCCUGCUGACAUACCCUGCCCGCGCUUGGUCCCCCACACACCACCCUCCGGCACCCCACCUCCCGGCAACAUCUUCUUCCUGGAGACUUCUGACCGGACAGACCCCAACUUCCUGUUCAUGUGCUCCGUGGAGUCAGCAGCCAGGGCCCAGCCUGAGUCCCGGGUGGCAGUCCUGAUGAAGGGGCUGCCCGGCGGGAACGCCUCCCUGCCCCGGCACCUGGGCCUCUCGCUUCUGGGCUGCUUCCCCAACGUCCAGAUGCUCCCACUGGACCUAGAGGAGCUGUUUCGGGACACGCCCCUGGCAGCCUGGUACACGGCCCUGCAGCGGCGGUGGGAGCCCUACGUGCUGCCCGUGCUCUCCGAUGCCUCCAGGAUUGCGCUCAUGUGGAAGUUUGGGGGCAUCUACCUGGACACGGACUUCAUUGUCCUCAAGAACCUGGGGAACUUGACCAACGCACUGGGCACCCAGUCCCGCUAUGUCCUCAACGGCGCCUUCCUGGCCUUCGAGCGCCACCACGAGUUCAUGGCGCUGUGCAUGCGUGACUUCGUGGCCCACUACAACGGCUGGAUCUGGGGCCACCAGGGCCCGCAGCUGCUCACGCGGGUCUUCAAGAAGUGGUGCUCCAUCCGCAGCCUGGGCGAGAGCCACGCCUGCCGCGGCGUCACCACCCUGCCCUACGAGGCGUUCUACCCCAUCCCCUGGCAGAACUGGAAGAAGUACUUCGAAGACGUCAGCCCCGAGGAGCUGUCCCGGCUGCUCAAUGCCACCUACGCUGUCCACGUGUGGAACAAGAAGAGCCAGGGCACGCGCUUCAAGGCCACGUCCAGGGCACUGCUGGCCCAGCUCCACGCCCGCUACUGCCCCACGACGCACAAGGCCAUGAAGCUUUACUUGUGAGGGGCCUGCCUGCCUGGCUCCCUCCCUGCGCCUGGCGUCCUGAAGGAAAGGGCUCGGCCACCCUUCCUGGGGAGACUGGAGCUGCUGCAGUGCGGGAUCUGGGGCAGGCAGUGGGGAGGGCGGGGAACUGUCGGCCCAAGAGCUGUUACGUAUGGAAGGCGUGCUGCGGGCCCCGGGACCUGCUCCCUUCAAGCUAGCGGGAGGCUGGUGGGACUGGUCGCCUCUACUGCCCAGGCCAGUGCACUGUCACAGGGUAGAGGCAACCAGUGGUGGGGGAAGGGUGCCCAGCCAGAAUCAGCUGGAGUGCACUGGGUGAGCAUCCUGGGUCUUGCAGACAACAGGCAAGCCCGGCAAGUAUGAAAGCAUCUUCCAAGGCCGCGCGGGAAGCAGGCCGGCUGGGGCUGAAGUGCCCACGAGGGGAGCACAGAGAAGCCCAAGGAAAGGGGCUGGGAAGAACGGAGAGGAGGCCGCUUGUAGGGUAGCCGGGAUGCACACCCAGCUUCGUGAGCCCAAGGGGGCGGGGUGGUGCUUCUGGGGUUUGGGUUUCUUUUCCGGGGGGGCCGAGGCCGGCAGAGCUGGCCUGGGGAGCUCUCUGGGGGAGGGCCUGCCUGCCCACCUCAUCCUUCUUUCCAGAAAUGUUGCAGGAGUGACACGUGCCAGCUGCCCACUCACGGGCAGGGGCCCCCAAGUUCUUGUGGCUCAGGAAGAGCAUUUUAAAGGAAACACCCCCUCCCCUACCCUCAAUAAACACAAUAAAAGUUAGAAUAAUAAAUAAAAUAAAGGUGACUCACCAACA